AUGGUCCAGGACGCAUUGACGCCUUUCUUCUCCCCGCUCCUCCUCUCCCACUCCUCCCCGCUCCUCCGGUUCCGCUCCUCCGUCCUCUCCUCCUCCACCUCUCCAUCCUCCGCCACUGCGCGCCAAGCCGCUUCAAACAGCACCGCCGGCACCGGAAAUGCCCCUUGCCCCGCACUUGACGCCGUAGCUGUAGCGCACGAUGCGGGAAGCGGGAGCGGCGGAGAUGGCGGAGAGACGAGCGGCGGAGAAGGCGGUUGGAAGAGCGGCGAGGAGGAACAGUGGAACGAAGCGCGUGACGUGCAGAAUCUGGCGCAAUUAUCGCGCUACACGGAGGCACUGGAAGCGAGGCGCAGGCGUAAUCAGUCAGACGUGGCUGUGGCGAGGGCGCUUGAGACGGAAGCGCGGCAGUGGAGGCAACGAACCUACCAGCAGCGAGGAUUCCUCUACGAGUUCAGCGCCUACCGCGUCAGCCCCUCUCGCUUCGUCGUACUCGCUAUAAGCGGCCUCAAUUUCACAUGGAUGACGGACGGGGAGGGCUGCAGAUGGGUGGGGCGAGACGGCAGCAGAGUGAACGGUUCAGUGUGGUACAGAGACUUCAUGGGCCCCAAAACUCAGACUGACUCGCUAGCAGCGUUCUGCCAGCUGUGGGGCAACACGUCCCGGGCAGGCGGCUACCUGGUGAUGACCAUGGAUGGCGUGGAAGCUGCCGUAUUCAAUGAACGCCCGGGGCAGCCUCUGGAACCACCACCGGACGCCUCCCUCCCAGUCCACCUCACGUGGUGCUCACAGCCGCUCUACGGCACGUUGGACGCGGGCAUGGUGUGGACCUGGGCGGAGUACCACCGCGUGCACGCCAACGUCUCCCGCUUCAUAUUCUACGACAUGGCUGCGUGGACUCCCGCCCUCACGGCGCUCUUCACGCCGUACUUUGCUGCGGGUGUUGCUGCUGUUACGGACAUGUCGGCAGGGCGGCGGUUUGGGUUUCGUGCAGGAGUGGAGUUGCUCUACUUUACUACCAAGCACCAGACCCUAGCCAGCAACGACUGCAUAUACCGAUCGCUCCUCACCUCGCGCUGGGUGAUCCUCCACGACACAGACGAGUUCCUCGCGCCCGUCCCCCCGCACUCCCUGCCCUCGCUGCUCGCCACGCACGCCCACGCCCCCUGGCUCUCACAUGGUGCUUUCGCCGUCGAGCCCUCUGUCUGCCAAGGGGAAGGGGGGGAGGACGCACCCGCACCUGCUGAGGCUGCUACGGUGGUGCCUGCUGACUCUGGUGGUGUUGUGGGUGGUGGGUCUGCUGCAGUGGAGGCUGCUGGUGGUGGUGCCCGGGGGGCUGGAGCGGCAGUGAACGCCAGAAGUAGGCACGCAGAGACAGCACUGGGAACAGCAGGGAACGGCACGGAGGGUGCUGAGAUGCAGUGGGAUGAAGCUGCAGGGACGGAGGCAAAGAGACGUGCCGUGCAGCUGCUAUCGCGAAUGGUGUUCCGGCACCCAGACGUGUGGUGCUUGCGCGACAGGGCGGAGGGGCAGCGGAUUGACUCAGAGCGGUGUGAGGACUGGCGGGGCCACCGGAAACUGAUUGUCAACCCGCGCAAGGUGAGACGGCCUCUCACCCUCCUAGCAGGUGCUGCGUGGUGCUGCGUGGUGCUGCGUGGUGCUGCGUGGUGCUGCGUGGUGCUGCGUGGUGCUGCGUGGUGCUGCGUGGUGCUGCGUGGUGCUGCGUGGUGCUGCGUGGUGCUGCAUGGUGCUGCGUUGUGCUGCGUUGUGCUGCGUGGUGCUGCGUGGUGCUGCGUUGUGCUGCGUUGUGCUGCGUGGUGCUGCGUGGUGCUGCGUGGUGCUGCGUGGUGCUGCGUGGUGCUGCGUGGUGCUGCGUGGUGCUGCGUUGUGCUGCGUUGUGCUGCGUGGUGCUGCGUGGUGGAGGUUAUGUCUAUCCACAUCGCACGGGAGCCACAGAAGGGCGGAGUAGUGCUGAACGCAGCAACGGAGCUACGGCAUUUCCAUUUGUCUGGAGUGGUCAACCCGGACGAGUGGAACCGCACGUACUACCCGAAGGAGGCGAACCAUCUGAACGUGGAGAAGCAGUGGUACAUCGUCGACGCCACCGACAAGCGCCUGGGCCGCCUCGCCUCCACCAUCGCGAACCAUAUCCGUGGCAAGGACCAGCCCACGUACACGCCGUCCGUCGACAUGGGCGCGUACGUCAUCGUGAUGAGUGUGAACGCGGAGAAGGUGGCGGUGACGGGCAAGAAGCGCGCGCAGAAGAUUUACCGGCAGCACUCGGGGCGGCCGGGCGGGAUGACGGAGGAGACAUUCCACCAGGUGCAGGCGCGCAUCCCCGAGCGCAUCGUCGAGCACGCCGUGCGGGGCAUGCUGCCCAAGGGCCGGGUGAGCUGA